CCAUCUUGGAUCCGAACCGAACUCAUUUGGUCGCAGUCUCUUCUGUCAAAUCGGAACUGAAGCUCUGAGAUUACAAACACAGAAACAUUUAAACCGCGAGACAAGACACUUCCGACUCCUGUCAGUCUUCAGCCUAAAGAAACACACAACUUCAAAACACCUUGAACACGGUCUGAGCGAAUAACUGCACUAAAACACAAGGAGCCUGAAUGGAGGCCCACAGCUCUGCAAGACUGUCCAGGAAGAGGAAGAGAGAAGGUUCAAAUGGAGAGGCAGAGGAGGUUGAGAAACCGCUGAAGGUUAAGCGAUGCACAGUGGGUCUGAAAUACCCGGCUCCGUAUGCAGAUCAGCUGGAGUCAGUGGAAGAUAAGCCAUAUCAGCGCGUCACCAUGGAGGAAGCUCGCAGAGGCACUCCACCUGACAGGCCUGUGCGUGUGUACGCUGAUGGCAUCUUCGACAUGUUUCACUCAGGACAUGCCCGCGCUCUCAUGCAGGCUAAAUGCCUUUUCCCAAACACUCAUCUUAUUGUAGGCGUGUGCAGUGAUGACCUCACACACAAGUUAAAGGGCUUCACCGUCAUGAACGAGGAUGAACGCUAUGACGCGGUCAGUCACUGUCGCUAUGUGGACGAGGUGGUCCGAAAUGCUCCGUGGACUCUCACGCCUGAGUUCCUCACCAAGCAUCGGAUUGACUUUGUGGCCCAUGAUGAUAUCCCAUACUCCUCAGCUGACAGUGAUGAUGUUUACAAGGACAUCAAAGAAGCAGGAAUGUUCGCACCGACCCAACGGACAGAGGGCAUUUCUACCUCUGACGUCAUCACACGCAUCGUACGAGAUUAUGACGUCUACGUCAGACGGAAUCUUCAGCGAGGCUACACCGCAAAAGAGCUUAACGUCAGCUUCAUCAAUGAAAAGAAGUACAACCUUCAGGAGCGUGUGGACAAGGUGAAGAAGAAGGUGAAGGACGUGGAGGAGAAGAGUAAAGAGUUUGUGCAGAAGGUGGAGGAGAAGAGCAUCGACCUGAUCCAGAAAUGGGAAGAGAAGUCCCGCGAGUUCAUCGGAAACUUCCUGCAGAUGUUUGGACCGGAGGGAGCAUUGAAGCACAUGCUGAAGGAGGGUAAAGGGCGAAUGCUUCAGGCCAUCAGUCCGCGGCAGAGCCCCAGCAGCAGUCCCACACGCGAGCGCUCCCCGUCUCCAUCCUUCCACCUGCCCUUCUUCACCAAAACCUCCCCGCCCUCCUCGCCCUUGUCCCAUCACGACAGCGCCCGGUCCGGCUACACCUUUGCCCCCCGCGGGCUUGCCAUCAGCGAAGACGAGGAGGACGACGAAGAUUAGAGUGCCACAGCGCACCACGCAUCUGUCUUCCAAUACUGGCAAUCCAACCUCAGAAACGAAGCAAUCCUCACACCAUCCAUCGGUUUCGCUCUCUGUAUUACUAACACACAUGAAGGGUUAAAACAGAGCGAUGUCUAGAGCGUUAGCGACGGAGUCUGUUCCAAAUUGAGGGGGUUUUAAGGCAUUGUAAGCGAUGGGAUGCGAGUACUCAAACUCAAGCAUCUCGUCUUGAAUUUGGCAGGGCUUUGUCGGGUUUUAAAUGGAUACUCCACUCCAAAAUGGACAUUUUGUCAUUGAUCACUUACCCCCAUGUCGUAAAAUGCCCAUAAAAGCUUUGUUUCGUCUUCAGAACACAGUUUAAGGUAUUUUGGAUGAAAACCGGGAGGCUUGUGACUGUCCCAUAGACUGCCGAGUAAUUACACUGUCAAGGUCCAGAAAAGUAUGAAAAGCACCGUCAGAAUAGUUCAUCUGCCAUCAGAGGUUCAACCGUCGAUUUAUAAUGUUACGGUUGAAUCACUGAUAGCAGAUGGACUAUUCUGAUAAUGUCUUUAAUACUUUUCUGGACCAUGACACUGUUAUUUACUUGGCAGUCAACUGGACAGUCACAAGCCUCCUGGUUUUCAUCCAAAAUAUCUUAAAUUGUGUUCUGAAGACGAACUAAGCUUUUACAGGUUUGGAACGACAUGAGGGUAAGUGAUAAAUGACAAAAUGUCCAUUUUGGGGUGGAGUAUCCCUUUAAAACGAGUGCACAUGGUAUUAAUGCGUUUCAUUUUUGUUCAGUUUUAAUGUUCUUAUCGUAAUAUAUAUUUGUUAGACAUCUGAUAAGUCGUGUCUCUUGGGAGUGAGAUUGAUGUCUCUGCAAGGUGAACUAAGAUAAAAGCUAAAAGAUUAAAAUGAUUUGUCUGUAUCACAAGGUGCAUAAUCAGUGUUGCCGUGGUGAUCAUUCUACAAAUUAAAAAAACACGCCAAUAUUAUACAGGCAUGACGGAGUAGAAAAUGAUCGUUUGUCUGCAUGGAUUUGGUGUAUCAUGCUUUAAUAAAUGUCAGAAUUCCAAAUUUGAACUCUGUAUUUCAAAAAUAUAUGCUUAAUAACCUAAAGAGUCUGUUUUAACUGUAAUAAUGAAAGUAUGCAAAUUCAUCACCGCACAAUGCCGUGGUUAUCUCUCACUGUGAUUGUGUGUUUU